ACUCUCUGAUAGGCCUGGUGCGUGGCUGUGUGUUGUCACGUAGGGGUGUUACCCAGGCGACACUUGGCCAUGUUAGUUCAGUUGCUCCCCUGUUCUCAGACAGAUGCAGAAAGGGAAAAGAAAGCAGUUUGCCGACCCUCAGCUAACCCUUGAGACGACACGCAUCAUAAACACACGACCACUCAAGAUGACCCCGUUGGCACUGGUAUGGACAACGGUGUGCUUGUGGAAAACAGUGUACAGCCUGACACCAACCGAGUCCAACUUCGUCCAGUAUCCACUAAUCAACAACACAGAGGUCGUCAGCUGUGAGUGUUCCAGCCGCUCCUGCCAGACAGUCUUUUGGUUCCGCACACACCACAACAACUCCGGCUUCCAGUUCCUUCUCAGCAUCAACAAUGCUGAGCGGGUCACCUACGGACCCGGGGUGGAUGAACACGGGUUCAAGGCCAGUAAAAGGGACACGGGGAGCAAGGUGGUUUUCACACUGCGCAUCAUUAAAAUAAAGGCAGAGGACGCAGGGUUGUACUCUUGUAUGCUCCAGAACCAGAAAGAGAACGAGUUGUGGAGGCCAGGAGUUCUUCUCAGACCCAGAGAAACUCGUCCAACAUUAACCCCUGUCACGAAGCCCAAGCCCCCAGGAAUCCCAACCAGCCGCUGCACCAAAAGGAACUAUCAAACCCCAGAAGGCUGUGGCUACAAAGUUCUGUGGCCGUUGGUCGGAGUACUCCUCACCCUGUCUGUGGCUUUGAUCUACACACUGUACUACUUCAGCCGACUACCCAAAAAGUGUCGACAUCAGUUUGCCAAGAAAAGACCAAUGAAGUAAGACAGAGAGCCCGCACUGCAGACUCUGAGACAGUGCUGUAUGUGUCCUUGGCUCUCCUUCCAGGAAUCCAAUUCGACUGAAUCUGAACACAGUUUUAUUAGCAUGUCACUUUUCUAUUCUUUGUUCAUUGCAGCAAUGAACUUACCUGAAAAUGCAACUGUCUAAAAGGAAACUCUUAGGAUGCUGUCCACAAUGUUAAUGCCUCUGGCUAUGGUUUUCUAAUUAAGUGGAUGUAUUUAACAGAAGACAUGUUUUAUGAACUGCUAUUACUCUCAUGUGCUAGUAUACCACAAAUGCAGCUUUUAAUAAAUAAAUAAAAUACAUUACUUGUAAAUAGGUGCAUACUGUAUAUCUAUUGUUUUGUGUUUGCCAUGCAUUGCCCAUCUGGAAUAACAAUACCGUGGUUUGCCUAUUGAUAUUUGGCAAAAUUGUAAUUUCAAUAGAGUCAAAGCAAUAUGAAUCAUUGUAUUCUGGUUCAGUAGCCUAAUGUGAUUAUUGUCUGUGUGCAUCAUGUGUUGAUGAAUUAAAUCGUUUUUUUUAUCAUU